AGAGCGGUCGGCUGUUAACUGACUGGUCGUAGGUUCAAAUCCUACUUGGGGAGAAUUUUGAGUUCUUGCUUUUCUGACCUAGCGACCAAUGUAAUUUGUAGCCUUCCCCUUUGUUUCUAAACUAGCAGAAUCGUGGGACAUCCAAAGUGGGAAGUUUCUUGUUGGUUUUUUUCUAUUUCUUACUCCCUAAGAAUUUUUCUUGGAACUUGGUUCGUUCAAUUCUUAGGGAGAAGAAGGAUCCACUGGGAAGAUUUGAGUAGUAUCUUCAUUAGCCGGAAGGAAUUUGUCUCCACUAGCGUCAUUCGAAGAACGAACAAAAGGGGGGUUACUGUUUAGGUAGGAUAGAUGGAUGUAGUCCAAUGGCUAAAGCUCUGCCUGCUUCUUGUGGACUGAACUCUCUUUAGGUUCCGAGUUGUUUUUGGGUAGGAUGGUCGAAUUUUUCUUCGCCACUAGUGGCAACGAAGUUCUUGGUAAUUAACAAGGGGGAAGGAAGAUCUCCACUCAUUUCAUCCAUUCAGUGCCUGCGGUGAGGCGCAACCCACAACAAACAAAGGGGAAAGUUUGCUUGCUGUAGCCCUUUUUUUGUAGACUAGGCUUGAUAAGCUAAGCUAUUUAAGCUCGAGAAGGGUAGGCUUGCAGCUUCGCCAGAAGCUACUAGGGGGGAGCUGUCGUAGAAGCUUUGCCCUUUGUACAGAGAUUGUUAUGAACUGACUAAAUGACUAGCGGAACGCUAGCUAAGCUAAUAAAUAGUAUAAGUUCCCUUCAAUCAAAUCAAUAAGCUUUUUUUCAGCCCUCCUUCUUAGAACCCAUUGAGGGGGGCCUCGGCCCUGGAAGGGGAGAGUGGCCGAGUGGUCAAAAGCGACAGACUGUAAAUCUGUUGAAGUUUUUCUACGUAGGUUCGAAUCCUGCCUCUCCCACUUGUUUGUUGUAGACUGAAGAGAAGAGAAAGGAGGCAUUCGUCAGCGCAGGAAGGCCCGAUUUCUUCUUGUCAAUGCGAAGCUCCUUUUUUUUUGCCGUGCCGUGAAGUGAAAUUGUAUCGUAUGUUAGUUAGAGAGGUUGGCGAACUACUAUGAUCUAUAGAUUCCCCAGAUAUAUCCAAUCCCAACGAGAAUAGAAGCGAGCCGCUUCCGUUGUAGUCGUCGUAGUCUUUUAGCUUAUGUAGUGGUCGGCCUUCCUACACGCACGCGCCCGCCAGAAUGCCUCCUUGGUUCCGGACGAAGCCAAGCCGAUACAUACGAUAGGCGAAGGAAAGACCCCCAUUUCAUAGCGCCUGGGAACGCAAGUUUGAUCGAGGAUUGGGGAGGAGAGGUGGAAUGGAAGAAAAGGCUCGGGAUGGAUUUUGGAGUCUUUGUGCGAGCCGUAUGCGGUGAGAGUCGCACGUACGGUAACGAGGGGGGUUCGCGUCUAUACGUGUAGUGUGGUGGUUGGGCCUACCCACCCUAUUUGUUCCAUGAUCUAUGGGUCUACUGGAGCUACCCACUUCGAUCAAUUAGCCAAGAUUUUGACCGGAUACGAAAUCACUGGUGCUCGAUCUAGUGGUAUUUAUAUGGGGAUUCUAUCUAUCGCUGUAGGAUCCCUAUUCAAGAUCACUGCAGUUCCUUUUCGGGCGGCUGUAGAACGGACGGCCGCCCAUAGGUGGUAGGUUAGGGUGGGUGGUACCGCUCAGAUUGCGGCCAAUCUUCCUAACCGCGCGCGGGCCGGGCUUAGAGCGCGUGAAACUCAUCACUAUCUCGUAAGGGCGUUGAGACCAUAGCAUGUUAAACGAAAGCGUCGCUUUCUCUGUAGUGUUUUCACACAGCUGCCCGCCUAGAAGAGCCACUCGCUCCGUAGUGUUGUCACACAAGAUAAGCACGCAGCCCGCCAGCUGGCCGGGCGAAUCGAAGUUAUCUUCCGGUCAACUGUCCACCCAGUCAAGUGCAAAAAACACAGUAGAAUCACGCAACGCACGCUGCUGGUGUGCUUCCUGCCCGCGAGGAAAGAAGAGCGACAAGGUUUAGUUCAGAUUUGACUGUUUGCAGCAUGGGAGCGGAUUACCCAAAAAAUCCCUGGGAACAAUGAAAAAAAAGAUAUCUCGGUAACGAAAACCAUAGGGGGCUGUAUUGGCGAGAUCCAACGGUGAACAGCUGUCCAAAAGAAAAACCGCCUGGAAGUCCGAGGACCUUUAGUACCCUUUCCCCGAACCAGCAGCCUUUGCGCCAAGCAAGACCGCCCUUGUCCUUUCUCCAUUCCGCCUCCUUCUUAGCUUUGUUCCAAUAGAGUCUAAGGCAAAGCAAAAGUAAGUGGGUUCGUAUGCCUACUUUACCUACUUGACGAAAGGGAACGAACUUAGUUUCGUUUCCGGGUUUAUGGACUCCUUCCUUUUUCUUUUUUUUUUUUUUAUGUCGUGACGCUUUGGUUACCGGCAAACGCUUCCAAAGGCGACCCUCUCGAGUUUCCGGCUGUUUCCUAGAUUGAAGUAGCCUUUCUUUCGUCGCCCUACCAAACGAAAGAAGUCACUAUCAAACAGCUCGCCCUACUGAAGUACCAAAGGUGCGCUCCGCCCGGUGACUAAGAAAGAAAUUGGUUUGUGCUUUGAAGUGAUGAGGUCGCAAAGAGGGGGGCUCCUAUUGACUAAAGGUUGGUUCUUCGGUUUCCUUUAGAAUGAAAGUCGCUAUGAAGCCCCUACUACUUAUACUGACUUUGUUUGAUUAAAUAAAAAGGCGAACCCCAACAAAACAAGUCGUAUGGGGUGGGGUGCUUGUGGUAAGCUGCCUUGGAUAUGAGUAUGAGGAAUUCCUACAAAAAGGCAAAGUCCGGUAUUUGACGAAGGAAGAUAUAUCUAUCAAUAGAUAGGAUUUAGUGUUCGAUAUAGGGGAUAGGAUCCAUCUGCUCUUUUUCUCUCUCCAUUUUUUUUUUAGCGUUAUAUCUGAUCUGCUCUCUCUAAAAAAAAUGGGGAUUUAGGAUACAUAGAAAUCUAAGGGGUGUCUAUUCUAUUCCUCUUUAGAGUAGAGAAAAAAAAAAGAUAGCUGAACGAGAUAUCUUUUUUCUAUCUAUCAUUGAUUCAAUCUAUGAAUCAAGUCGAAAGACUUCUUUGGGUUCCCCGAAGCCCCGAAUGGAUUGUGGAUCGUUUCUGCCAACGAAAUGAACGCGGAGCCCGUUCCGAAUGCUUCUCCGAUCGGGAAGUUCUCGCGAAGAGAAUAAGAUGCUGCUCCCCCUCCCUCUGUCUUUUCUCGCUUUGCUAAUCUUCCCUUCUAACGCGGGCCGGGCGGCGGCGGGCGCGGGAGGAAGAAACCUAAGAGCGUCUUCUCUCUCUUAGGUUUCUUUUUUUUUUCAGUGCAACACAGGCUUUUUGUCAUCCCUGCAGCUUUCCAGAUUUUGUAUUGAACGUAUGGCGUAGCUAGGAUCUUCCAAUCUUGAGCCUAUCCUAUGUUCAAACCAACCAAACCCACCCCCUAUUUGAAUAAGGCUGGAAAGAAUGCCCGCCAAGUUCAGAUAAGGGAAUGCUUCCCCCAACCAUUAAAGGAAAGGCUCGACGAAGGGAGAUGCGGCGGGGGAAGGAAAACGCUUUCGGAGAUCGAGAUUCAUUUUGUUUUUCAUCGAAAACGAAGAAGGCCGAGGAUGGCCUACGGUGCGUGUUAUCUGAAGGGAACACGCUUUUUCGACCGCGGUGGUAUGCCUGCAUUUCUAGGCGGGCCCUCUCCUCGUUCCGCCCGCAGGCCCAUUGGGAUAGCAGCCUUCGGGCUUUGCCUGCCCUUGAUAUAUCGGCCCGGGAAAGCGCUGGCAACAACAGAAAGGAAGGGGUCCAUGUAGCUGCUGCGUCCGCCCCCUUCUUAGUCAAUGGGGCUAAGAAGGGGCUGCAGGUUCGGCAUCUACUAAAAAAGAAAGAAUCCACUUGAGAUAACCACGCCUCUGCUAGGCAGCGUGUGGAAUGGCCAAGAGCGGACCUUUUUGGAUAUAUAAUCCAAGUGGAGAGUGGGGUUACGGGAACAGCCGUCUGAUGGAAAACCACUUUCACGUUCGGUUCAGAGAGCACUUUUUUUCGUCGAGAAAUCUUCGUUCCCUUUCGUGUGAAUUCCCCUGCGGCGAAUUCAAAACUGUUGGGGCCCCAUCUCUCGAGCCCCGAAGAAAACCCCUCCCCUUCGGACUCCAUAUCCCUCCCUUUUGACUCUAUAUAUGUGGGCACCUGAUAUCUAUGAGGGUUCACCCAUCCCGGUUACAGCAUUCCUUUCUAUUGCGCCUAAAAUUUCUAUUUUUGCUAAUAUUUCACGUGUUUCUAUUUAUGGUUCCUAUGGAGCUACAUUGCAACAAAUCUUCUGUUUCUGCAGCAUUGCUUCUAUGAUUUUAGGAGCACUGGCCGCCAUGGCCCAAACGAAAGUCAAAAGACCUCUAGCUCAUAGUUCAAUUGGACAUGUAGGUUAUAUUCGUACUGGUUUCUCAUGUGGAACCAUAGAAGGAAUUCAAUCACUACUAAUUGGUAUCUUAAUUUAUGCAUUAAUGACGAUAGAUGCAUUCGCCAUAGUUUUAGCAUUACGGCAAACCCGUGUCAAAUAUAUAGCGGAUUUGGGCGCUAUAGCCAAAACGAAUCCUAUUUCGGCUAUUACCUUCUCCAUUACUAUGUUCUCAUACGCAGGAAUACCCCCGUUAGCCGGCUUUUAUAGCAAAUUCUAUUUGUUCUUCGCCGCUUUGGGUUGUGGGGCUUACUUCCUAGCCCCAGUGGGAGUAGUGACUAGCGUUAUAGGUUGUUGGGCGGCCGGAAGGUUGCCACGAGUAAGUAAGUAAGUUUGGGGGACCGAAGUCCCUUUCGAUGACCUGGCACCGGACACGUAGCUUACCGAAUCAGUUGCGACACCGAUGGGAAUGCAUGCUACGAAAGAUAGGGUAGAGUCUGAUACAUCAACCGUCUACUCAAUAUCCUUGUACGAGUCCACAAUCACUACACGAGAUGAACCUUGGUUUGGUGAAUUGAAGUUGGCCUUAGGUGUAAAAGGACUCCCAGUUACUGCGCGCGAUCGUAUACUGAGGUGCUCCCCGCCGGUUGUUGGAACGACGCGAGCCGGGCCUCCAUUCAGAAAGAUGAAGGGUCCAAACAAAGGUAAAAAUAGGGGGUUACAAAUGCCCCAUCUCAUUGGGGGCGGAAAACGAAUCGACAUCUCGAUGUGAUACAGCCUUUUCCAUUUUAGUUGGGAAAGAACGGCGAAGUCCAUCCGAACCGUCCAAUGAAGAAUAAGAGGAGAGCAAAGCGCCAAUGGCGCGCGAAGCGCAUGCGAAACAGGCACGGAGAAAAAUAAGUGUGGAGGAUAAGCAGCCGAGCUCAUUCCCUUCGCUUCCUGGGCCCCAAGCAGUGCAGUCUUUCCUGGCCAAAUCCUUGAUUGGGGGCUUCUUGCUGCGCUACUUAACUAUAGAAAGACUUUUUUUCUAGUCAUAUAUAUUAAUAGAAAGAUAGAUCCAUCCAUCUAUCCUAUCCGAUUUAGAUUUAUAUAAGAAAGAAUUUUUUUCAUUCAACGUUUGAUUCAAAGAACUGCGCUAAGCCCCCCCCCGCUCAUGAAAAGGCUCUGCUGCAAUGGAUGGCAGAGGGUCCGUAGUAUCCAAAGCACUGGAGUGGUCCAGUAGCCGGGAAGGGGCCUAGAAGUGCCUACUACUACACCACACUACACUCGGCUCUACACAUUUACAGAGCUAACCCCUGUCCAGUCCCUGGCAGAGUGAAGGGGGCUUCCGUCCUUUUUCCCUAUCCCCUCGCUUUGCUAUAAAAGCAGGCUAACGGGGCCUUACUUAUUCAGGGGGGGAGUGGAGCCCCGAGAAGCACUGUAUAGAGGAAGAUCCUCGGCCCCUCCUCAUUCUCUACAGGGUUCCAAACCUUUCUUCAACAUAGGUGACAACGAGCGGGGCAGAGAUGGAAGAGAUCGAACACGAGAAUAAGAAGCAAGCUCGCCUUCCUUUUUGAUCAUUUUGAUAGAGAGGGAUGGAGAAAGUGGACAAAACGGAGUAGCAUUUCCCAGUCGAAAAGAGAUGGGUUCUCGUCUUGCAUUUCUCAUCGAACAAAUACGGAAAAAGAAUCAUAUUGAAAAACGUUCCUAACCCACCAACCCCUUCCUUCGUAGAGCCGUGUAUUGUAAGUGAUCCGAACCUGCCCGGAGCGAGUCUCCCAUAGAGGCAAGUGAAGUUGGUGAGCCGUAUGAUGGGCAACUAUCUCCUGCGGUUCGGAGAGGACUCAGCUGUUAGUUAGUACCCCCUUUCGGGGUGGACCUUUCACUCUAUUUUAUUAUAUACGCUUAGCGAAAAGAAUGUUUUUUGAUACACCUAGGACAUGGAUUUUAUAUGAACCAAUGGAUCGUGACAAGUCGUUACUACUAGCAAUGACUUCGUCUUUCAUUACUUCAUCCUUUCCAUAUCCCUCCCCCUUGUUCUCAGUUACUCAUCAAAUGGCACUCAGUUCAUAUCUUUAAGUUCGAUCAUUGACAAGGUUCAAAGAAAGGGUGGGCCAUUGAUAAAGAAUGGAUUCCAAAGCACAAUGCUAGCAAGGGCCUCCGCUUUUCUUUUCAUUAAAGACAGUUCCAUUCGAUUAGUUAGCUCGUAGUCAGUCUUUACUUAACUGAAAAAGCAAGAAAACGGAUGCGCGUCGUUAGCCUUUCUCUAAAGUAGGCUUUCGCGCAAGUGCGCCCCCUACUUUAGAAGCCGUUGCUUGUUCGUUAGCCUUUCUCUAAAGUAGGCUUUCGCGCAGCUCAAUCCCUUGCUUGUUCCCAAAAGUCCCAAUAAUGGGGAACUGGCCUUCGGCUUCAUAGCCUGCUUUCUUAGCUCUCGAAAAGGAAUUCGAUGUCAAAUAUUAUAGAUUAGCGCAGUCCAAUACUUAGAUCUCUGCUAAUAGAAGAUAACGAUUCUUUCCUUUGGAUGUUCGAACAAGUCAUUAAUGGUAUCUAGAGCCCUAUAGAAUGAAGAAAGGCCUUUGGUUCACAUAGUAACCUAACCUGUAGGUUAGUGGCUUACGUACCUAUUGGUAAAGCCGGCCUACACGACCGUCUAGGCGGGAAAGAAACAUGUUUUUCCUAUGACUUGAGGCCACCGGGCCUUUUAGCUAUGAGUGAUUACGUUCCUUAAACCUGCUGUAGGGUUCAUCUUUUUAUUCACCAUAGGAGGACUCACUGGAAUAGUCCCGGCUAAUUCUGGGCUAGACAUUGCUCUACAUGGGCGAGCCCUCCCCUUUGCCGUAUCUUUUGCCUUGCGGAAGGUGGGCCUAAGAGGGGGACUGGCCUUUCUCAUUGGUUUAGGGGUAAGGGUCCUCAUUACCGUGGCAGCAUCCGAAAUGGGAGUAGAUCCUCGGAUGAUGGCCCCGGGGUCAGAUUCGGGGGGAAAUAAUGACUCAGGGAGUUGGAAAAAGUACCUCCACCUGUCGUCUGAUUCUGAAGGUCAGGGUCAGGAACAUGGGGAAGCCGAAUCCGCUUCGAGAAAAAGAAGCUCUGAUCCCCGAGAGGACGUCGGGCCUUCUUCGGUAAGGCGCCGAGUGGAUGCUCCCGAACCCUCAACCUCAUCCGAGUGGAGUGGCUCCUGGAUAGAAAAGUGGUUAAAUCGGGGGGAAACUUCCUCGGCCCCUGGCGAUGGUCAACAACCACAGGGGGAAGUGGACCAACCAAUUCCUGCUGAAGGAGAGGGUGCGCCCGAUCCUAUUGAGUUACAAGACCUAAUUCGAAAGGUCUUCUACACAAUUAGGGGCAGAAGGACCCCAGGGCAUGUCCUCCAAGAGCUUUAUGACGACCUUAAGCUGGAAACGGCUUCUCCGCAAAAGCGGCGGCAGAUCGUUCAGCUCCUGGAGCAUAUGAAAAGAGAUGAAACCUCCAAACAAAGAAAUUUCUGUCUCAAAACGGAUCUAUUGGUCCGCAUCUCCGAUUGGGAGAGGGAACAGCCUUAGGUCGAAGCUUGGCUCUGGGGGAUAGAGAAAAACGAGUGAGUAUUACACCAAGAAUGAAUUGACAAGCGCAUGAGUUUUCUCAAGUCGAAGUCGAGGCUUUUUGAACUUUGUUGUUUUACAACAAAGGAUGCCCUGAAGGGGAAAAAAGAAAAGAAUCAUUAGCACUCAGGACACUUCCUGUAAUGGUUACUGGGACCGAAAGAAUGGCACUAAGAACUAAAGCUACACCAGGAAGGAACUCCCAAAGGUUGCAUAGAAACUGGCUGCCAUCGAGCUCAUAUAGACGAAAGGAAUCUCGAGGAAAGAUAGUUAGCUCCCCAUGGAAGGAGAAGACAUAAGGACAAGACCUUUUACUGGUCAGCUGGAAAUAGACCUUAUCGGUGAUCUCGCAAUUAGCGUAUAGAAAUGUUCCAAAUCACUCGUUGAUAGUGUAGACUCGCCGAACUCGGAACCUCUAUGCUAGGUUCUAAAGGAAGGAGCUUUCUGGAUUUGAUUUGAGCAAAUAGCCUUCUCGGAGAGAUCCGCUCGUGCACAAUCGGACGCUUCGCUACUUUCCGCCUCGUCUUCCCGCUUUUAAAGCGGGUUUAGGCACUCCACGGGUCUUAACGUUGCAGGCAGAAUUUCGAUUCCAUGGGGAUAGCUUAACCAUUAGGGAGCAAUCAGCUAUGGAGUACUUUCGAUAGUAGGGGCUCUAGACUUUUGUUUUGAUUUACAGAGGCCAAAAAAGAGACUUUGAAUCUGUCUUUGCGGGUCGCCCUAGCCCUAGUGGAUCGCAUUAUAAGGAUAGAUCUUAUCUUGCUAUGAAGGAGAAUCCCUCUUAGCUGAGGUUGGUCGGCUGGGAUCACUGAAUGUUAUCGUAGAGUAGGUAGCGUAAGAACUCGAUCGAGCACUUAGUUGAUAAGAGGGCCACUAGUCAAAUCGGAUUAGAAGGUAAGAGACUGGGUUACAAACAACUUCAUGGUGAGACGUCUAAGCCAACUUUGGAAACUGAAAUCACCGUUUAUGGUUACUGACCUGGGCAAUGAGUUUUUCUUGGUUAAGUUUGAAAGUUAAGAAGAUUAUGACCAUGUGCUCUUUGAUGGUCCUUGGAUGGUGGCUGACCAGUACAUUACGGUGAGGCAAUGGCAACCCAAUUUCGACCCUGAGGAAGCUUCUAUUGAGACAGUGGUGGUUUGGGCGAGGCUUCCGAACCUUAACCUAUGGCCACGAUGCCGUACUUCCAAUGGAGAUCACAGUUAAGUUUCUCAGAGUAGCCUAUCAAAAUAACUUGACUCCAGGAGACUACAAUGAGGCUAUGUUUGCCGAAUUGGAUAGUCUUGAUGAAAUGAGGCUACUGGCCUUGGAUCAUAUAAGGGUUCAUAAGAUGAGAAUAGCUAGAGCCUACAACAAGAAAGUCAAGCCUAAAUCUUUUGAGGAAGGAAAAUGGGUAUGGAAAACUAUCUACCUCUUGAUACAAAAGAAAGGAUCAAAAGCUUGGAAAAUGGUCCCCAACUUGGGAAGGCCCUUUUGUGAUCCAAACUUGACUGCCCAACGGAGCCUAUCAUUUGAUGGAUAUGGACGGUAAGUCCCACAUUCGGUCCAUAAAUGGGAAAUUUUGAAAACCUGACUAUCCUUCUAUGUGGGAGUCAUACGAGACAUAAGAAGAUAUAGAGACAUCUAUGGUAAUAGAACAAACGGGAAGUCAUCUAAAUUGAAAGACUAAGCAAACCUGGAAUGGAAGACUAAAGCGUUAAAGGACUGAUUCCAAAGCCUUUAAAAACUUCAUUGAGAAAGCUUCUCUAAUGAAAUCAUCACCUCACCGAAUUCUCCUAAUUCUCUCCCUCUUUCUCUCACUAGGACCGGUAUUCUCCGGAUUAUCCCUCCUAAUCAUAGGGCUAUGAUUCGGAGACGUGAUAGCAAAGGGGAUCGGCUGGUUAAGUGGUACCUACCCUUAUUAUACCAAGGUUAUUACCUUGGCAACGAAAGUAAGUAAGGCCACUUUCUCAUCACCCCAGUCUCUAAUAUGGAUUUUGUGGUUGAGUUAAGGGGUUCUAUAAAGGAAUCCUUUAAGCGUAUAGAAUCAAUCUCGUAGCCUAGAGCUAAGUAGCAGUCUCAUCGCCUUUUGAUGGAGGAAGAACCCUUUUUCUCCUGCUUUGAAGGAGGACGCCUGGUCAAAGGUCGGUACAUCACCGGUCGAUUCGAGUAAUGCGAUUUUCUAAAUAAUUUGACUACGUAUUGAAGAAGACUACCAAUUAUAAAUAACCAAGAAGACGCCCCAAUCAAAGCAAGAAAGACAAAGUAGCUAGACACAAGGACAACUUUGAUCAUCUCAUAGAUGAUCUUCAAAGUUUCGCUUGAUGAAGCAUAAAAUGAAAGAAGAAAUAUAUCCAAGAGUCUCAGCCACAAGAGUGCUAUAAUGAUAAAGAUCAAUAUAGACUUGAAAUUCGGCAUUAUAUAUAUUCUGUACACGCCUAGCCCGUUAUGGGACACUCUCAGCCGGUGGUAAGGGUCCCUAACUUGGAGCUUUACCUCAAAGUCAGUCUAUCCACAUUCUCAAGGUGAUAUUUUGAAUCAAUCUUCAAUCAAUCACGUGUGGCAACUACCAUUUUACCUCUGGAAAAGUGUGAAUUACAGUAAGUCUUAAUAGACGGAAAACCACUCGAGCAGGAUGGACACCUAAGUGGGCCACCCCUGGCUUCCUUCGUGCGGGCCCCCAUUCCGAAUCAAGUUUUGAGUUCUAUCAUUAGAUGCAUAAUGGUGCUAAAACCAUAAAUUAGGUAAGGAACAAAAUGUCUCAAUCGUAGGUGGAUCUCUCGCCAUGGGUGUCACGUCUUCAAGCAAUAUUAUUAAAAUAUCCAUCAAUAUUAACAUAUGGAGUCACCCCUUGACUAAGACUAUUGACUAUUUUGAAUCACUACUUUAAUAGUAGUAAUUGCAACAGCCAGAAAAAUACCUGAAAUCCAUAUAGCUAUUUUAGCAGGAUCUCUAUCAGAAGGUACUGAAAAGACGGGUUUAUUAGAAGAGAUUUCCUCCACCGCAUCAAGGACAUCUUGUGCUGUGCCGCCCUAUUCGCUUCGACAAUAUGAUGCUUUAUACUAGACGUAGAAUCCAUAGGGACCGGCUUGACUUUGACUGUUGCUUUUAUCAUUGAAAUGAUAUCAUCAAUCUUUCUACAUAUCUCUGAGAUAGGGCUUAGGUCCAAAAGAAGAUAUCCUAACUAUAAUGGAGGAAGGAAUUCUGAAAUGACAUACCCUACAAGAUGUUGAUGCAGUUGCAGCACCUGGGAGGGGCUUUGCUGAGCAAGAUCCUUCUUUUGUUUUGAAUUGAUGGAUGAGCCAGUUGGUACCUAUGAACAACUCGUGGCGGUCUCAAAUCCUGCAGCGAUUCAUGAAGAGGGGAGAUGCUACCAGUUGCAGCAAGGGUCUGGGGAGAGAAGGCUGUCCUCCUCAUCAUAGGGUUGCUAUGAUGGACUCUAAACUCCUUACUCCCCAUUUUGACCGAUGGGAGACCCCAUAUAUCAAAAUUAGUAAGAUUAUUAGGUUAAGGUAGCGGUAGUAUAUUGGAAGAGGAACUCGCUUUCGCUAUCCGAUUUGAAGUGCGAAAGCUCUUUCAAACAAAGAAUAGCUGUUAUAAUCUUACGUAAGCCAAAGGCUAUUUAAAGAGCUUCUAUUUCACCAACUGCGUCUACGCAUUCACCAAAAAGAACUGGAACCGGGUAGACAUGAAGUAAAGUAAUAGCCCCCACGACAAUUAUCAUUGCCUUCACCACCAACUACUCGUACUCCCAUACCGGUAACACCAGUCAAGAAGGUAAGGCGGAUUCUAUAGCUGCUGAUUCUAGCACACCGGAAACCCUCACAGUAAGAGUGGAUAGGCUUACACCGGUUAAUUGAACACUUUACCAUUCUCGAUGCUGCGGGAACGCUCACUCGCACCAACGGAUACUGUCACAGCUAAUUGAAGUGCUAGUCCAGCAACUGCAGUUGUCUUUCUGUUUGCAAUUGAAUCACUAAAGUUGGAGGGUGCUAUUGACUCAGCCGUAGAUGGGAUUCAUACUAAGGCAAGCUCUUGAAAUUAAACCCAAACAACGGGGAAGGAAGUUAUCAUUUUGAAACCUGCGAGCUCUAGAGCAAGCAAAUAAGAAAGCUAGAGAUAGGGCGGCAGGAUAGACAUAAAGCUAUGGAGAGCUUAGGCAAGUGGGCUCCCUUCAACAAGUGUUAGGACGGCUAGUAAGAAAGUUCCAAUCCUACACGCAACGGCUUUUCCGCCUACACUUCGUCCGACUUGCAUGUGUUAAGCAAAGAGCUUUCCUCAAACGAUUGGAACAAGAAUAGGUUCUUGUCUCUUUGAAGCGUAUCAUCCAUGGCGAAUGGUAUCGUAUAUAAGAGAAAGGCCGCAUUUAGGAGUGAUCCUUCCCUCUUUCUAGAAAUCUCAUAAGAGAAGAAAGAGCUGCUUGGCAAGUCAAGUAGUACGCCCGGUUCACCAGGUCAUUCUGGUAUGACCAGGGAAUCCUGGUACCAGGUUCUACCACUGUUUGUUUGGAACAAUCAUACUCAAACAAAAGAAGAGUUUGAUCCUGGCUCAGAAGUAAGGCUAGCUGUAUGCUUCACACAGUCAAGUCGCUAAGUUCGGGCUCAGGAGACAAGAGAAAAGCCAGUUACGCUCUGCAGUCUUCGAGGAAAAGCGGGUAAAGAAAGAAGAAGAGUCGGGCAACAUUCUCCAUCUUGGAAAAAAGUACUAAUAAAAGAAGAUCUCUUGACGGGAAAAGAAAUAGAAAUAAAGAGGCACCUGUCAAGCCGGUCAAGCUUCAGGAUUCCCUGAUUCGACAGAUAAAGUAGCGGAAAUCCAUUCAUUUGGAAACAUUUUCCGGUUCAUUCCCGAAGCUAUCUGGUCAAAAGCCUCAAUAAAAGGGAGAAUGGCUACUCCGGGCAAAAGGUCUACCUUGAAAACAGAUUGAAGUUUCAUAUAAAAUAAAAUAUAGUAGUAGCUAUCCCCCUCCAACGUUAUGGGUAUGGGUUUAGGAUCCAUUCCAACUAAAUGGUGGAUCAGAUUCGAUCCAUUGAACCCAAUCCAAGAAGAACAAUCCGGGUGAGUGGCGAUUUGCGACCUUCUGCCUCCACUGCUUCCACUUCAACUUCUCCUACACUGAUUAGUCUAGUUUUGUUUGCCCCCGGAGAGUAUCACUGUGAAUUAUAUAUCAGCCAGAGAAGCCUGUGACUCAUACACUAUCAACCAUAGUGUAUACCAGAAAGAAACUUCGUCUAACACCAGAUCUUGUUGAAGCUCAGCCAGGACCUGAAAGAGAUCAGUAAACCAACGCUUCUCCCUCUCCAGACUCAAGCCAUGAUCCAGUUCCAGACAACAUGCCUGAGGUAGGCUAUUAUUCCUAUCGUCCUGUUCCAGGCUUUGCUCAAGAAUAAAUAUUGGAUAGAUUUGGAGGAAACCUUAACUUCAGUUUGUGAAGAUUAGGACUUUACUGGCUAUUGCUGCAUCAAAGAAGUGGUCCCUAUACCAGCUAGAUGUGAAAAAUGCCUUCCUACACGGAGAAAACAUUGCAUUAGUAGGAUCCACCCCAUGCAAUAAGAGGGCCCAUAGCAAUGAAUGUUGAAAUAAGAUUCACUUCGUUCUGUACGGGAUAAGGAGCGAAAAGCGCAGCAUGGCAAUCGGAGACAAGUCAAGUUCAGUAAGAAAUUGGUUGGAUAGAUAGAUUCGUGAGUAGUGUAAUCAUAAAAGCCCACGGAGCGGUGACAGAAUUUGUAAUCUACUCUUCAUGGGUACCGGAGAUCGUCUCCUCGGCUGUUAGGUUCAGUGUUCAUCGUCACUUGAGUACAAGUACAUGAUGGUCGUCCUAUGAGUGAAUGUGCUUCAGUAUAAGGUAAAAAUUGCUUGAGCUGAUAAAGUUGUAAGGCUCCAAGCCUAGGGUUUAAGCGGAUGCCCCAAGGCUCUCUUCGUAAUGGCUGGACGCUAAUGGAUUGGACGACAGGUACGAGAAGCUCACUGCCAGGAUAUAACCAUUCUUGUCCCGAAGAAAAGCAGAUGUUGAUGACUCCGAGAUUGAUGACCGGAUCGGCAACGGACGUUGACGAGCAAGAUCCCUCUGCCCUUGAGUGGCUUUUCUUGGUUGUGGAUUGCGUGCAGCUUGACUUCUUUCUUCCACAUAGGCCUCACUCUCAUUGGAAGAAGCUAUGGAAGGUGCUUGAGAAAGCUUCCUACUUCCUAUCCCCCAUCUCUAUAAUGAUAAGAUUAUAAGGAAUGCUGCUCGACUGAGGAGUAUCUCAGGAUAGGAGCUGUCCUAGAUGGAGCAAGCAGGACUGAUGAGGAUCUUCUUUUCUAUGCUAAGGGUGACGAAGGGAACCGCCAGGUUGAAGGCGCCUCCGAGGAUCUCAAAUGCUUACUUAUUCUACCAGUACAAGUCUAUACAAAAGGAAGUACAUAGGAAUAUAGCUGAAUCAAAGAGGGAAGUCAAAGGCAGUACAUGGGACCUCUUAUUUGCUCAAAGUAAAAGACUUUUUGCCAUUUGGUCUAGGAUAAAGAAAACUCUCUUUCAGGAAAGGGCGAAUUCAAAUCCUAGCAUUUUAGCAGUACACAAAGCACAGGAAAGAUAAAAGGAAAUGAAAAGGGAUGAGGGCAGAAGGAAGAGCCCCUUAUCAGCUCGUAAACUCGCUCCAAUGCAGCGGGAGGGGGCACCUUAUUAAAAACGCUCCGAUGGAGGAGAUGGAAUACUAGGUUCAGAUGCUUCCGCCGGUGGAUGACAUUUGAGAACCAGAGGGAAUAGAUUGCAUUGAGUUGGAUGGUUAGCCAGCGUUUCGAUCAAAACUAUGAGAUGGGUGGGACCGGCUGCUUAGCUUCUGCUUGACAGAGAUGGACAAGAGGACGACGCAUUGCCUGCUGCACCAGUGUCAGGGCUUGCUUGGUUCUGUUCGACUUCGCCUGCGCUCGUAAUCAAAAGAUUGAUACAGCAGAACAAUGAUGUUAAGACAGGCGGGGCGAGCUGGGAUCGGAUCCGAGAGAUAGAGAAGGAGUUCGUUUGAUUGGGAGAGAUCCGCCUUUGAAGAGGGACAAGUAGAAUGCUUAGGAGGUUUUGCUUCGGAUGCAGCAUUGGAAAGCGCCCUGGAAGGAGAGAACAAAAGGGUUUUUUUACCUUGAUAGAGGUUGAGAUGGUCCUCGAGAGACAAAUGGAUUGCAUUGGACCGGAUCCAGCUGGUGGAGGAUACCUGGGGUGAUAAGCUUGGUUCGAGGAACCGAAGGUCUUGUUCGUACCUCUAUUCGUUGAUGCCGAAAGGUGGGUUCGGGCAUCCAUAUUCUAGUUUUAUUGACGAUCGAGUGACUGGAGUGGUGAGGGGCUGCGGGGAACCAUGGCCAGGGAGAAAGAAGACGAGAAGACAGAAAGUGCAGCUAGCAACCCUAACUCCCCAGACUCGAUAGAGGAAGUAUAGCCUUCGGCUCCCCUUCUGCGCAACAAAACAAGUUCUUAUUCACUGCCGUUAGGGGCAAGACGCUAACUCAAUGCUAUUCCUAGUGUCAUCUCUUAUCUUCUGUGCCAAGCUAGUAGCCUUCCAGAAGUCCCCACAGCUGAUUCACUUGUGCUAUCCCCUUCCCCUGCUAUUGGCUAUUUCUUUUAUUGCUACUGCUAGCAUUAGCACUACCGUCGCUUCUGAUCUCUCUGCUAUCACCCCAUUGGAUAGCCUUUCAGUGGCCUUCAGGAGUAGUAGACGCGGAGCCUUUUGAAGCAAAUUCUCAAGCCUCUUUCUGUGGCAUUUUUCCUUUCUUUCAUCCCGUGUACUUAUCUUUCUUUUUCGAGUCUGAAACUAGGAAAAUAGUCGAUAGAAAACUCUGCCUUGGUACGAGGGGAAUUGGGGAUUGAAAGUCUCUAGGUACCAAAGGCCGAUGGUUUGGAAACUCUUUCGUAAAUCUGACAUGGGCGCCCAGAGGAGCCGACUAGAGCGCGUUCAAAGGGCUUCUUAGGUCAAUUACAUCGAACCUCGGCAGAGAUGAAGAUGGCAGGCUUUCCCCGAGCAAAGCAGGCAAAAGGGGGGGGCGGUUCCCAAGGGGUGGCUAGUUCGAGUAAGAGAGACGGAUACAGACAAGGUCCUUUUUUUCAACUUUAUAUAGAGAAAAUAUAAAUAAUAGAUCUAUGCAUAACACCACCCAGGAUAUCCUGUUUCAUGUAAUCCAACAAUUGAUCCCGGAGACGGAUCUGAUUCGACUCUUGCACUUCGGUAUACUUCCCUUUGCCUGGGGACAGACUAAGCUAUUGAGAUCGCUAGGGAGAAGCAUGAGGGAAUCCCUUAGACGAAAUACCAUCUUCCUGCCGCGAUAGAUAACUAAGUCAUAUAACCUGCCUCUCCCCACGACCCGGUUUGAGCGCUGUGAUAUGCUUAGGGUACUUACGUUUACGAUUUUCGAUCUUCCUUACUUCUAUAGGUUCCGCCUUCUGCCUCACAUACUGUUCCACUACUCGAUAUACCGGCGGAUUCGCGCCUCCCUCUCUAAACGUUAUAGCAUUACCUAUAGCAAAAGGUACUACUCCAGUAGGAAUUUUCAUGAAAUAGUCAAUUUCCCGUACUCAGAAUCUAUAGGAUAUGCGUACGGGAAAGUAAAAUCCUUUCUUUUCUGUUUUUUUAGAACCUCAGUGUUUAGAAAUGAUUGAGUUUUAGACUCCCUCAAGGAUUAGUUGGCAAGUUACAGAGGUAGCCAUUAGCAAGUGAGGACUGGUGCCCCCUUACUCCGCACUAUAUGAGGAUAAUGAGUUUCAAAACGAAAGGAGUUGACCUCAGAUUGACAAAUGUUCCUCUCAUCCUCAGUCCGAUUUUAUACUUAGGCUUGUGCGCCCUUAAAGGAGUACAGAUAGAGUUGGGGCUUUUGCGGCAUCUAGUUCAGUAUUAGAUAGAGCAGAUAGUUCAAAAGAAGGUUGACUUCUCUGUCACUUCCGUACUUCUGUAACUUCUCUUUAGCUUAUUCAUUGAAUUGCUUAGAAAGUCUUUCCCUGACCUUGGUAUGAUGUCUUGAAUUGAGGAAAAGAUCAUAUUAUGAAACUUUUAAAGGCAAAGAAAAAAGUCAAGUGAAAGAAGCCCACAUACCCGCUCUUCUUUCCCCCCAGCCCAAGUGCUUUUUCCUAUGCUAUGAGACUUUUGGACUAGGGGCCUCAUUGUCGCCUUUGGCUCGAACUACUUUUGCUUCUGCUUCCGGGAACAGAUAGCAGCCCAAGUCAACCUCCUAAAAAGUAAGCCAUAUCUAUCGUAAUUCAACCUAACAACUUCACUCUACCCGGGGGGUCUCUUACUCCCUCUCUUUCCAUCAAGGACUUUACUUUGAUAGUCCUUGAUCUCAUUAAACGUGGAAUUGGUCACGGGAUAUUUUUCUGUUUUAUUUGUCAUUUCCCGUUCUAUUUGCCUAAUUAAUUCAAACUCUUGUCCUUUCGUUGCAAUAAAUAAAUCGUUUUCUACAGUUUGACGAACGGAAGAAAUUCGUUGUCCAUCCCCCAUAUAUCGAACGGCCAUGGCUCACUAUACUCGUCAAGGUUGUCGGAGGUCUUUGAGUCAUACGACCGUGGUACUGGCACUUUUCAAACUUACGCACUAAAUCUUCAGCUUCUGCUCGCAAAGUAGGCCAAUAAAAGCCAUCUCGUAGGACUCGCAACGCGUUGGUUCUGGCUCCUUGAUGGCUCCCACAAAGCCCUUCGUGAAUCUCUCUCGAUGUGAGUAUUCCAGUGUCGUAAACGUUGCUUUAGAGCUCUAAGUUUAUAUGCUAAAUUCGCAAUGGCCGAGCCGUGAGAGGGGAUAUUCCAGGCAUCACGAACUACCUGGUCAAAGUUCUUGUGGCGCAACCACAUUUCCUGAAACUUCAAAGAUUGAAAUCCCUGAUGAGAAGAGAAAUUUCCCUCAAGAAGGAAAGGAGGGGGGAGUGAUCAGAACCAGCUCGACAAAGGUGGCGAAUAGAAGAAGCGGUACAAAGAGAAUUCCAGGCAGGAUUAAAAAGAAUCCGAUCCAACCUCUUCCAGGUGCGCCCAUUAGUCCAAGUAAAAGAAUUGCCCAAAAGCCAUUGUCAAUCAAACCCACAUCAUUCAAAAAUGAGCUGAAAUCAUUGAUGGGGCAGGGCAGGGGCCCGAAACUCUCAUUUAUCUGGUUAGAAAGUGCCCAUAGAAUCGAUCUGAACAAAGAACUCCUUCCUACAGCUAUAACUAUAACAGCCCGGCAUAAGCCGGAAAUAAUAGUGAACCUUUUCUAGUGAUGUUUACACUUCUCGUGAAACUAUUCAUUCCUGCUUGAUAUGUUCUUCGCUCGGUAUGGCACAAUAGAGUUGUAGUUGGAUGAGCCCCAAAGGGCAAGGACUAGUACCAAAAGGUAGCAUUCCUCCUUCUCUUGGUUUGUUGGUACUGACGAAGGUGCGUCAGCCAUUGGGAAUUCUAGAAUGCCUAAUGGCGAAGGUAAAUCGGGAACACACCAGGGGCAGCCGCCGCAGGACAACCCUUACGCUGGGUCCUCUCCAUCAAGAGGAAACUCACUUUCUUCAGUGGGUCCACAAGAAAGUGACUCAACCUGGGACAUUAAUCACUUAAACGAUUGGCUGGUCCGACAGGGGGAAAGCCCCCUUCCCCAGGAGGUAGCAGUUGACCAACCCACUCCACCCACACGACAAGUGGUCAAUUUCUACUUGUCCGCAAUUCCCAUCAAGCCGUAAGGAUGAAACCAGUUCAGUAGGUUUUUAACCGAUACUGGAGAAAGGUCCUUUGACAGACCUUUCACUCGAAACCUCUUGGCAAACUCAGCUACCCCGGUACUAGAGAUUACAGAUUUUUUAUAAGAAAUCUUGACCUGCAAUUCAUCUAGCACCUCCACGUUUGGCUACUCUCUCAUCAGCAAUGACAAUGUCAUCAUCAAGAAGAGCAUACCGGUCGAAUCUACGACCCGUCCUGCUCUGCUGCCCACCACACAAUCAAGUGAUGGGAGAUGGCUUUGAGGGUACACGACGAAUACAUCCCCAGGCCGAUGUUAAAGGACAAGGACCGAGGUUUACCUGGGUACCAACAA